ACCGGGCUCGGGGGUCGCGACCGGGCUCGGGGGUGGUGGUGGUGGUGUGGGGGGGGGUCGGUGCAGCCAUGCUGAGCCGCUUAGGCGCGUUGCUGCAACAGGCGGUGGAGACGCGGGAGCCCAGCUUGGACCUACUGGGAGCUUUCACCGAGCACUGGAAAGGCGUCACGGGCUACUACCUGGAGGCCACGGACGAGAGCGUCCCCGCCAGACAGACGGACAUCCCCUGGCGCCUCAAGCAGAUGCUGGACAUCCUGGUGUACGAGGAGAAGCAGCGGCCGGCCGGGGAAACCGGCCCGUGCCUCGAGUACCUGCUGCAGCACAAGGUCCUGGAGACCCUCGGCACGCUGGGCAAGGCGGAGUACCCCCCCGGGAUGAGGCAGCAGGUCCUCCUCUUCUUCAGCCGGGUGCUGGGGCAGAUGCAGCACCCGCUCCUGCACUACCUCAACGUGCACAGGCCGGUGCAGAAGCUGCUCCAGCUCAGCGGCGACCGCCUGGGCUCCGGCACGGAGAAGGAGGAGGUGGAGUUCGCUGCCGUCCUCUGCACGAAGAUCAAGCAGGACCCCACGCUGCUGGUGCACAUCCUGGAGGGCAAGAGCAUCCUGAACGGGAGGAGAGCCCAGGAGCUGCCGGCCAGCCCCGUGGAAGAGGGUGCGGCGCAUCCCCCGGGCACCACCGCCACUGCCAGCCCCCCCCCAGCCGAGCCCUCCCCGCCACGGAGGGACAGCAACCUCGUCACGUCCUUGGUGGGGCUGUGCAAGAGCAAGAAGAGCAGGGUCGCGCUGAAGGCUCGGGAGAACCUGCUCUUGCUCGUGGGGCUCGCCCAGGAGACGGCUGCUGCCCGCCUGGUGCGGAGCAGCGCGCUGUGCCAGCUGUUGGCGGAACAUCUCUGUGACCUCCACAGCGCCGUGCCCUCCUGCACCCACCCCGCUGACGUCCUCGCCCUGGAGAGGGCCAGCUGGAGCCCCACGUCCUCUACCCCGGGCAGGUCGCAGGGUGAUGCUGCUGACGACGGGGUUUUCCCCGGGAAGGAGAGCCUGGCUGCUUGCUUCGGCUGGCUGGACUACCUCGACGAGCUGGUGAUGGGUGCCCACCCGGUCGUGGCGGAUGCCAUCGCCGAGGCCGUGGAGGAAAGGUUUUUCCAGGGCAUCCUGCAGCCACAGCUCCUGCAGAUGUCCGAGCUCCACGUCCUCAGCGCCACGGCCAUGCUGACGGGCACGGUACGCCAGAUCCACGCACCUCCCCUGCUCCACCGCCUCGUGCUCUUCCUGCUGGGACCGGACCGGCACCCCGAGAUCCCGGGGGACACCCCUUACCCUCUGCGCAGCCAGCUCAUCGACCGCUGCAACCACCUCUCCGAUGAGAUCAGCCUGGCCAGCCUGCGGCUCUUCGAGGAGCUCCUGCGGAAACCCCACGAGCACGUGGCCCACAGCCUGGCGCUGAGAAACCUGGAGGCGAGGGGCUACCUGCAGCGCAGCCCCCCCGCGCCCGACGAGCGCGGACCCCCCGAGCUGGACCCUGAGGACGGGCUGGACCUGGAGGAGGAUCCUUAUUUCACCGAUGGAUUCCCAGACGCCGGUUUUGGGAUGGCGAAAAAGCUGCUGUUGGGAUCAGCCCCGUCGGGGAAGGGGCAAGUGAGCGAGGUGGUCAGCAGUUUCCUCUGCCUGGUCCCCGAGGAGGCGAAGACCUCCUCGUGCAUGGAGGAAGGUGGCUACGACACCUAUGUGCACGAUGCCCUGGGCAUGGUCCAGGCGUGCCGGGCCAGCGCGGCCCCAUGGGGGUGGCCCCCCAGCCCCCGGCCCCUCGACGCCUGUCACCCCGAAGUGACAUUUUACGAGGGCCACUUCCUCAAGGUGCUGUUUGACCGGAUGACCCGGAUCCUGGACCAGCCCUACAGCCUGAACCUACAGGUGACCUCGGUGCUGUCCCGCCUGGCCACCUUCCCCCAUCCCCACCUCCACGAGUACCUGCUGGAUCCCUACCUCAACCUGGCACCCGGCUGCCGCUCGCUCUUCUCCGUCCUCGUCAGGGUGAUCGGGGACCUGAUGCAGCGGCUCCAGCGUGUGCCCCAUUUCAGGGCCAAGCUGCUCCUGGUACGCCAGCAGCUCAUGGGGCUGGUACCCGGCGAGCAGAUGGACCACACGAUGCUCUUCCAGGGGGUGGUGGUGCUGGAGGAGUUCUGCAAGGAGCUGGCUGCCAUCGCCCUGGUCAAGGGACCACCGGAGGGGCCCCCCUGAACCGCAGCUCCCCCCCGGCCGAGCACCCCCUCUUCGGCCCACCUGCAGUGGCCACCGGGGAUGGCCCAACCUAUGUGUCAGUAGCCUCCAGUGGCCCUGGCACAUCCCCGGUAGCCGGGCAUGGUGGUGGCACCCCGGGGACACCCGUGACGAGGAAGAGGAGGCGCAGAGUCCUUCGCCGCCGCCUUGGCCAACCCGGAGGCGAUGCCACCUCCCCCGGCGCAGGAUGCGGCCCCCUCCGGGUUGAAGCGAACCGUGCUGCGUUUCCUCCUGGGUGGUGGUGGGUUCCCGCUCCCCUCUGCCCCACAUCCCAGCUGCACCCCCCAACCCCCCCCCCCCAGCCUCAAGCAGGAUAUUUUGGGGGGCAAUAACGGGGCGCGGGGGCACGGUGCUGUCUUCUGCCUGCGUGGGGCAAUGCCACCCCCUCGGCUGCAAUAACACAAUCAUCUCCCCCAGCUUUGGGGCACGGGGGGGGUGUGUGCGUGCAUGUUUAUUUUUGCGUGUGUGCCGGCGUGUUUUUGCGUGUGUGCCGGCGUGUUUUUGCGUGUGUGGCUCCUGCCUGGCAGGGACAGUGCACCCCAAACCCCGCAGAGCCGGGCCCCGUGUCCCCUGGGUGAUGGGACUCUGCUGCAAUAAAGCCACGAGCUCAGCA